AAGUGUGUUAAAAUUUUUCCACCACAGGACCACUUUUGCUAUCAUAUUUUACUAAAUAUAAUUUUCGCUAGAUCGCUAACACCUCCCUACAAAUGGGCUUCCUUUAACCCAGCCUACCUGUUCAACUCACUUGAAACUAAAAACCUUUUGUUGUUCACAUUAUCUCUAUUCUCUACUUUUCUUUCCCUCAAGCAGGAAAAUGGAAUUGUAAGAAAGUUCGCGAUUUGAUCGGAAUCCGCAGCUAAUCCGGCUCACACUCCAGAGAUCUCCUCUGGAAAAAUAGAAAAAAAAGAGCAAAUCUGCAAUUAGCGGCAAAUUUUCAUCCAUUCUUUUCUGUUACUCUCCCUCUAUUUUGAUAGCCUUAGGAGCUCUGCUAUCUGCAUUUCCUUAAUUCUCCUCAAAUCCCCCCAUAAACCACGGCAGCAGACAUACGAAGUGCGUUCAGCGAGACAUACUAAAUUGGAAAUUAUCAGUUUCCGGUGUAUUAUAACAGAAUUAACACUAUUAUGAACUAGAAUUAGCAAAGACGGCUUCAGCUUCAAAAAAAGCUCAAAUAUAAUUCAAAGUUGACAUAUCUUCUGAACAAAGGAUUAUAUAUUCCCGAUGUAUUUACCAAUUGUCUAGAUUUUAUUCUCUCUUCUUGUCUUGUCAGAAUUGAAAUGAAAGAAUUCUGUUUCAUUAUUUCUUAUUUGCAGUUAUAUUUGUCCCCAUUUACCAGAUUUUGUUCCCUGACUUGAAAAGUGACAACUUAUGUUAGUUUUAAUGAACAUUCCUAACAAAAGGCUCAAAGUUGAAAAAAACGUACAGCGCAAUAGUGGAGUGUAAAUUUCAUUUUCAAGCAUAAAAUUUUUUAUUAAAUUACAUUAACUGAAAUGAUAAUUUUAUGACAUUUUAGUUUCAAUUUCUUUCGUGAUUCACUCCAUAAUAAUUAAAUGGUAUAAAUCGUAUUGUACCAUCUGCAUAUAGUUUUUGCAUUUGUUGGUCAUUUUUAGCUUCAAAAUUGGUCAUUCCACUUGACAAUUUAUCCCGUGGCGAUCCCUCAUUAACCCGCAAAGAAUGUCAAUUACGAUAGCCUAAGGGUACGGUUUUUCAACCUUCUCAGGGCCAAUAUUGGUAUUAGGAUAAAAUUAUCUGCAAGCAUUUUUGUUAUCAAGAGUCCAUUUUAUUUGAUACCAGUCAAGUUCAUCGUCGACCACUGUGGGGCUUUUCCGCCUUCAUUUUGAAUACUUAAGAAACAUUUAAUUCUUUUUCAAUUACUGUUAGAGCAAAAAUAGCUUGAAAACGCCUACUUUUUAAUCAACUUUCCCAACCACAUAAAAAUUAUGUCUUCAUUAUUUUACUCUAUCUGACAACGAAAUUCAAUUUCAAAAACGCUUUAAAUUGAGCUCAAUAUUCUGAUCGCUGAAGAUGCAAAUUAAUUUUGUUAUUUCCCAGUUGGCUCAAUUAUUGCUGUUAUCAGUCCUCAACUUUAUCAUCGCUUUCCUUAAUCCAUGUUCCACAGUUUUGAUUCGCCAUGAUAAAAGUAUGCGAUCUCUGACAUCUAACAGCAAGACACUGUUUGCGCCACCAGAUUACGGCGACACCUUCUACCCGACAUAUGGUCAACACUACGACAACAUCAUGGAGGCGUACAGGGAUAAUCGAGAGAAAACCAGACCAGUGCCAGUGCUAAAAACAAUCAACUGUUUCGCGUGUGUGAGCAGUGACCCCUCUAGCAGUUGUGUUGUGGGCAAUGUGUCAAUCAACCAGGCCCUCUACUCCUCCCCCCACUCACAGAAACAACAACAACAAUACGCCAGUGCAAAAUGCGACGGAGAAUGCUACGUGAAGACGUAUACGAUGUACGGAACAGAAAUGAGCUUCACACACAGAGGUUGCCAACCCCGCAGAGGAAAUGAGAUCUGCUCUCAUAACAGCCAAUGUUCGACGUCGGAUACAAACUGCGGGGUGAGGUGUUGUUCGACAGAUUGGUGCAACCUCUCCCCUCCCCCACCCUCGUCCUCUCUGCCGCUCUCCGUUUUUCUCUCAACAAGCCUCAUAUCCUAUCUUCUAUCUCCACGCUUCCUCCACACAUGAGACGACUGAAUUUCAGAUUAUCUUAAAAAACUGUGGCUCUUUUUCCUUUACUCUCCCACCUCUCAUAAGAUCAGUUUUGCGGUGCA